AUGGAUCGUAAAUACUUUACUAUUUCAUUUACUUGGAUUGUAUUUUUUAUCCUUGCGUAUGUUGAAAAAACUCACGGGAAAAAAUGUUAUCCUGCUGGUGAUCUUUGCACUCACUACAACAAUUCUUGUGGUGCUAAUAUUACAAAUGUUGCAUGGAAUGGGGGAUGGAAUGUUGCAAAUUGGUUAGUAUACCUCGAUAUGUCGAUCGCUUCUCCGAUUUCUGCUCCACAAGCAAUUGGCCAUUUUACCUUUAAAGAUGACGUAGGUCAUUCUUAUAGAUG